AUGGAUAUUGACGGAGACGGUUUCAUCUCCCCAAAGGAACACGAAGCAGUUUUCUUCGGCUGGGGAAUCCCGAUAAAGCACUCUUCGGAUGUCUUUAAGGUGUUGGACGCCGACGGCGAUGGCUUGAUAAGCAAAGAGGAGUUCAUCGAAGGAGCGACCCCUCACGACUAUCCUAUGGUGAAAGGUUCGGAAAUAUGGAAAAGAAAAUUCAGGACCCUCUUCAGGUCCAAUGAUGUAGACGGCGACGGAUACCUGACAAGGAGAGAUUUUGAAUUGAGCGCCCAUCGCGUUACAGCUUACAUGUGCCUUGACGAAAACGAAGCAAAAAAGGUAUUGAAAAACCGUUUAGACAUCUGGGAAGAAAUGACGAGAGACAUAGGCAAACCGGAUGGCUCCAGAGUUUCAGAAGAUGAGUAUAUUUCCAACUUCCUGCAAACCGUUAACACCAGUUACCGUGAUUCGGCUGUAAGCUUUGCCUCCACUGACUUCGACUCCAUAGAUCUUGACGGAGACGGUUUCAUCUCCCCAAAGGAGCACGAGGCGUUUUUCUACAGUUGGGGAAUUCCCACAGAGCGCUCGGCAGAUGUCUUUAAAACACUUGAUAGAAACGGCGAUGGCUUGAUAAGCAAAGAGGAGUUCAUUCAAGGAGCGAUGGAUUUCUCAUUUACCGAAGAUGAAAACAACCCCUACAAUAAUUUUCUUGGACCACUUGCAAAUUAA